UAGGCUAACCGAAAAGAUGCUAUUGUUAGUAAUUGUCAUGAAACAAUAUUAUAACGGGUGCACAACCAAAAUGGCUGGCGAAGUUGUAGUUGACGCGCUGCCUUAUUUUGAUCAGGGUUAUGACGAAACUGGAGUUCGUGACGCGGCUCUUGCCCUUGUUGAAGAGGAGACAAGAAGAUACAGACCUACAAAGAACUACCUAGAAUAUCUCCCUUCAGCUCAAUAUACACAAUUUGAGACUGAGAUAAUGAAGACCGAGUUUGAGAGGUUGCAGUCACGGUUACCUAUGGAUAUGAUGAACAUGAAACGUUACGAGUUGCCACAGCCCGCGGCCGGAAAAAUGACCGAUGUCUCCGCAUGGAAUGAAUGUGUAGAAAAUUCACAAGCACAGUUAGAACACCAAGCUUUAAGAAUAUUAAAUUUGGAUUUGUUACAAGAAUAUGGAGGUAAUGCAUGGAAGAGUUAUAAUGAAACAUUGGUGAAAAUGAUGGAACAAGCACAAAAACAAUUAGCAGAGCUCAAGAAAAAGAUUCAGGAGAUCAACUGGCAGAGAAAAAAUGAGCAAACAGAGGCUGGUUCUAAAUUAAAAGAUUUAGAAAACAGUUGGGUAGGCCUUGUGAGUAAAAAUUACGAGAUUGAGAGAGCCUGUGUCGAGAUGGAGAAGGAAUUAGCAGAACUUGAAAAACAGAAAAAGACAAAAAGAUGAAAAUUUCUUCAGAUAUUCUUACAGGAUAAUGUUUAAUGGCUGGGGAAAAAAAGAAUCUGACCAACUUCUGCAUAUGAUGUAAACAGUGAUAGAUACAUAAAAGUUUCAGUGUUGAACAAUUAUGGUGUGGACUAAUUUCCAAGUUAAACAUUCAUUACAUAUGUUUGAUUAUGACAGAUAGAAUUGCUUUGCACUGAUUUGAAUACAUU